UUGGAGGCGCCCCAAAUGAAAAGUGGAGGUGGGCGCAGGGAAUCCGGCCGCCGCUGUUCAGUGACAGCCAUGCCCGCCCGCUAUCAGGACAUCUCCCAGCCUCCAGCGUUAUUCAUGUACCACCCGGAAGCCAUCCCGGGUAAACUACUGACCGCUGGAUGGAAUGGAUAUGGAGGAGCCAGUCCUGGAGCGGGAUACACCAAAUUUCACCUGUCGGCCCUUGCAUCGUUGGGGGACGCAAAUAUAGGAGACCUGAGCGAAGCGUUGAACGAACUGUGCUUAUCGGAUAAAGGAUACAAGCAACCCCCUGCGACAUACCUCUGUCAUCUAUGCUUCAGCAAAGGACACUACAUCAAGGACUGCCCCAUGGCAAGACCAAAAGGGGAAGGAUUGACACCAUAUCAGGGAAAGAAAAGAUGCUUCGGUGAAUACAAAUGCCCCAAAUGCAAAAGAAAAUGGAUGUCUGGCAACAGUUGGGCAAAUAUGGGCCAACAGUGUAUCAAAUGCCACAUAAAUGUUUACCCUCACAAACAGAGGCCACUGGAAAAACCUGAUGGGCUUGAUGUUUCGGAUCAAUCGAAAGUCCAUCCUCAGCAUCUCUGCGAAAAGUGCCAACAGCUUGGAUUUUACUGCAGGCGGGAUCAUCCUCCUCCAAGACUAUCAUAUCCUUAGCUAAAUGAUUAUCCACAAUUAAGUUGCCAUGCUGGAAAAUAAAUAUUUCAGACAAACACUCAUCAUAUGAAAAAGCCAGACAAUAUUCAGCAAACAAAUGUGAUAUAAUUACCUUAAUCUUUAUCGAAAAUAUAAUUCACAGAAAAGAUUAUGUUUGUAUAAAAUUUGAAAGUAUUUUGUGUAAAUUUGUACGCAAUAUGUUUGUAUAUAAAGGGAAUAAUGGACACUGGAAUUAAAGAUCAUUUUAAGUUGUUGUUAGUAUGUUGUAAAAGUUCUUCAUCGCAGAUUAAAUAAAGUACAAAUUUGAAAUGAUGGAAUAUUGUAAGCAGCAUUGUGAGCAUAUUGCCCUCAGCUGUUUGAAAUAAUUAAUUAAUGGAAUUAAUUACAAUUAGCUGCUAUUUAUUUAAGAAAUGAUUUAAGACAAUUAAAU